CUCUCACUCAAGUGUGAAGAGACGAGCAAGGGGUAGUGAAGUAAAAGAGAGGAAAUGGACUGCUCCUUCCCGGUCAUCAACAUGGAAAAGCUCCAAGGCGGGGAGAGGGAGAAGGCAAUGGAGCUCCUCCGUGAUGCUUGCGAGAACUGGGGCUUCUUUGAGCUGCUCAACCAUGGCAUCUCACCCGAGUUGAUGGACGAGGUGGAGAGGCUGACCAAGGAGCACUACAGGAAAUGCAGGGAGCAAAAGUUCAAAGAGUUCGCGAGCAAGGCGCUGGAGAAUGGAUCCAAGUCCGAGGUCACCGACGUGGACUGGGAGAGCACCUUCUUCCUGCGCCAUCUCCCCGUCUCCAACAUGUCCGAGUUGGUCGACAUGGGCGACGACUACCGGAAGGUGAUGAAGGAAUUCGCAGCAAAGCUGGAGAUGCUGGCGGAGCGUCUUCUGGAUCUGCUCUGCGAGAAUCUGGGGCUGGAGAAGGGUUACCUCAAGAAGGCCUUCUGCGGGUCCAAAGGUCCCAGCUUUGGGACCAAGGUAAGCAGCUACCCGCCAUGCCCUCGCCCGGAGCUCAUCAAGGGCCUGCGAGCUCACACUGACGCCGGUGGCAUCAUCCUGCUCUUCCAAGACGACCGCGUCAGCGGCCUCCAGCUCCUCAAGGACGGCCAGUGGAUCGACGUGCCCCCGAUGCGCCACUCCAUCGUCGUCAACCUCGGGGAUCAGCUUGAGGUCAUCACGAAUGGCAAGUACAAGAGCGUGUUGCACCGGGUGGUGGCGCAGACGGACGGCAACAGGAUGUCCAUCGCCUCGUUCUACAACCCGGGCAGCGACGCCGUCGUCUUCCCGGCGCCCACCCUAGUGCAGAAGGAAGCCGAGAAGGACGACGCGGCGGCGGUGUAUCCCAGGUUUGUGUUCGAGGAUUACAUGAAGCUCUACGUGAUACAGAAGUUUCAGGCCAAGGAACCGAGAUUUGAAGCCAUGAAAGCCACGGCUCUUCCCAUUCCUACAUCUUAAGAACAUCAACAGUCGAUCCUCAUCCAAUUCCUGCAUCUCAAUAAUAUGUCAUCGUGGAAGCUACCAGUAUGCAGUAAGGACUUAGCAAGGUCAUGUAACGUAAGCACCGUUAUGCCAGUGAGAGUUCCUAGGCAUGUGUUAUCUUAAAUUAGACUUUUUAUCUUUUGAGGAAAUAAGUGGAGCACUGUAAACAUGCCAGUGAGCACUGUAAUUACGAAAGGCAAGGGUGUGCUCCAUACUCUCUCUCCACCCGAUCCAAGUACAAUCCUAUCGGACAAAAAGGUCCGAGAUGGGGGUGGAAAUGAUGAGGACGAAAAUGAAGCUUCGAGAUGGUGUCUCAUUCUAGAA